AUGACCACUGUGUCUGUUUCAAAGGGUGUUUUCACAUUUGCCGAAGCGUUUAAAAAAUCAAAGAAAACUAAAAAUAAAUCUGAUUCAUGGGUCAAUACAUUAUUUAUAUGUGAGCCUUGGUAUUUACAAUACAAAGAAAAUUGGAAUCUGUUUGAAAAUGAAAUUAAGCAACUGCAUCAUAAAACAUACAGCAUUUUACUAAAUGAUAUAGUAAAUUAUAUAAAUUCCUUUUCUCAUUCGCGACAAUGUGUAACACCAGAAGGAGUAAUACCUACAGCAACACUACUGACUGGCGUUAACCAGCCUGAUCAUGUUUCUCAGUUCACUGAACUCAUUAAUUUAAUCAGAGAAAAUGUAACAUCACAUAUUGCUAUGAUUAAUUCACAAGAUGGUUCCACAGUCAAGCUGUUGGUAGAAAAUGUAGUUUGGCAAUUAAUAAAUGGAUUCCACAUGUUGGAUAACUCACAGGAUGAAAGUGAUGAUGAAAAUUUCGAACAUAAAAAACGACGGUUGAAAAAGAAUCAGUGCACAAUGAGAGCUCUUCAGAAGUGGUAUGACAGCAAGUAUGUUUGUAAUUCACCGAGCAAGAAGAAACAAAAUGCCAACACAAAGCGGCUUCUAGUUGUCAUAAUACCUGAUUUUGAGAGUUUUCACUGUAAUGUUUUGCAAGAUUUUGUCAUGAUAGUAAGUUCCUAUAUAUCUAAACUGCCAAUAAUACUCAUUUUCGGCGUUGCAACAUCAGUUUCUGCGUUACAUAAAUCAUUUCCCUAUCAUGUAUCCUCUAAACUACUUAUAAAGGUCUUUCAUUCACAUUCCUCUCCGGUGUAUAUGAAUCAAGUAUUGGAAAAUAUCUUCUUGACCCACACAAGUCCAUUUCAUUUAUCAGGAAAAGCUUUCGAAUUGUUAACAGAUGUAUUUCUAUUUUAUGACUUCUCCGUAACUGGACUUAUACAAGGUAUAAAGUAUUGCAUGAUGGAUCAUUACUAUGGAGAUAAUAUCAAGUCACUUUGUUGUCCUCGAGAGAAAAUUGUUGGCGUCGUCAUGGAUUUAACUACAGAAGAUUUAGAAAAUAUCAGACAACUUUUGUCAUUUAGAGCUUAUCUAGAAAAACAGAACUGCCGCGAAAAAAUAAAACUUUUCGAAGAUGACAGUUUUUUCAGGGAGAUUUUGUGCAAAGAGAUGCUUAACCUUCAUGACUAUUUAUUUAGUUUCUACGCUUGUGUUAAAUUAUUCUUUGUGUUCCUAAAAGAUUUACCAAAGAACAUUCUAGGAAAAUCGGUCCGUGAAAUUUACUCCAAGUGUGCCUCAGAAAAUAUUGCCAGUACACAAGCAUUUAAAGAAUGUAUGCAGUUAAUAAAUUUUCAAUCUCAACUAAAGUUGGUAGACAGUAUAAAGAAUGCAUUGACGGCAGUAAAUCUCUCUCUGGAAAUUGCUACACCUAUAAAACCUCUUCGAUCAACUCCAAAGAAGAACAAUCUAAAUGAUGUAGCAUUUGGUAGGGAUUUUGGGGAAUUAUUUAUUAAAUCCGUUAGAGUUCACUUGACGACAUUCUUACGGCAAAUAGAAAAUGCUAAAAAUGAAACUACUACAUUGGUUACGAAUAACACUGAAGAUUUGGAUGUUGAUGCGGAAACUCCGCUAGUGAACAGAUAUAAAUUAAAAGAGAAGUUACUGCGGGCAACGAGAGUGGACAAAGUACAGUCAGAGUUCGAGAUGAUACGUUCAAGAUUCGUGAAUUACUUGGAAGACGUGUUUACAAAAGGACUUCAGCCACCGCAUACACAAACGUUUUACGAAAUUAUUUUCUUCAAUGACGUCUCUAGUGUGAAGAAACAAAUAGUUGGGUCGCCUCGUGGCGCCAUACAUACGGCACUUAGCAAUCCAAUACAUUAUUUACAGUGCAAAUGUUGCGUGCUACCGUCGUCAGAGAGUGUUGCUGAUACUUUGCCAGAUGUGUGCUUGGCUUAUAAACUGCACAGGGAAUGCGGGAAGCACAUUAACCUUUACGACUGGCUGCAAGCUUUCGCUGCCGUGCUGAGGCCGAACGAGGAUGACGAACAGCGCUAUCAGGAUGCAUGUGUUCAAUUGCGGUUCACGCGUGCUGUUGCAGAGCUCCAGUUCUUAGGUUUCAUAAAAUCAUCUAAAAGGAAGACUGAUCACGUCAUGCGUUUGACUUGGUGA